CCCAAUGCCCACUUCCCUAGAACCAGGACUAGGACCAUCCGUGGGGAGCUGCUCCCAGGAUCUGGUGCCCCGGUUUGGGGCCAUGGUGAGAUGGAGAGGAGGAGGAGAGUAGCUCGAGCACGAGGAGCUGCAGCCAAGACAGAGCCCUUUCCUGGCUCCCUCCUUGCUCUGUCCCCAGACCUGGUGUAUUUCUCCAAGGAUGUAAUCACUAAAAUUUGGGACUGUGUGUCCGAGUGCUGCCGCCAAGACCUGCUGCUGAAGAAGAGGGUCGGGCUGAUGGGCCUGGGGACCAUCCACAUCAUGAAAAAACCCAUCUGGCAGGGAAAACUGGAAGGUUUCUUGGUUGACAGUCCCGAGUUCGACCUGGACAAGCCAUUCCUGGUGGGGAACAAGCUCCCUCAUGGGAACAGUCUGGCACCUGAGCUCUCCAGAGCCGACGAGCUGGUCUGUGCCGAGGUUGCCCUGCGCCUGCACGUGCCCAAGGCCACCGUCGUGAUGUGCAUCAAGGCCACCACGAGGGUCUUUGAGUGGGCCUUGGCCAGCAGGCAGAACUUCGACUUCAUGUUCAAGGACAUCGGCGUCCUGGUGUGCCGAGGGGGGCACGUGGCCAUGAGGUUCUUCGAGGACCUGGCCCGGGAGGUGGCUCAGUCCGAGAACCUGGCAGACAGUUUGCUCCAGUCACCAAACCUGAGGCAAUCAUUCACAGCCCACAUGGAAAAGGACAUUUCCGAGCUGCCUCCUGGAGGUGUCUUGGUGUUGCCACACUUUGUGCAGGUGGAUGGGAAGUCAAAGCCACAUCCUGUGACUGCUUCCCUGCAGAGCUCUGGAACAAGUGCUGAGCACCAGCUGACUCCGGGGAAUGUUCCUGGCCAGCGCCUUCUUUCUCGCCCACGUGUUUCUCCGAGUCGGAUACGGGAUGUGGAAAAGAGAAAGGCUGAUGCUGGAGGGCAGAGAGGGAGGACAGGGUAUGGAGGAGGGAUCAUGUCCUGUGUCCUGGUGUGUGACACAGGUGUGGGAUCCUGUCCUGUGUCCCAGGACAGGUUCCUACCCGUGGCAGAGCAGGGGAGGCAGGAGAAGGAAGCUGCCUCCCCCCCCGGGCAGUUCGAGAGGGUGAGGAAGAAGAGGGCAGCUGCUGUGGCAGGAGUGGCAGCUGCCCUGUCCCCACAGGGAGAGGAGACCAUGAAAACCCCUUCCCCUCUUGGCAGGAGGCAAAAGCCAAAGUAA